AUGGUGCUCACUACAAACUAUGAUAACCUGCUGGAACUUUAUGGGCAGAAGAUGAGCAAACCCAUGGAAUCGAUAAACCUGAAUGAUAAUGUGAAGGUUUUGCAGUGGGUACAAAGCCGCAUCAAGUAUGGUGUUUGCAUAUGCACGGAUUGUACACGGAUCCCUGUGCCAUAA